UGAGAACAGAGGUGUACCUGCACUCUAAGGAGACAGCAAGCAGCACUGCAUCCUGGGUGCCUUGUGACUACGACAACAUGCUGGCUCCUGUGCUCCUUGUGUUCCUGCUGACAGCUCUCUCCACCUCAUCCUCCUCCUCCAACACCACCUCCAACACCACCUCCCCCUCUUCACCCACCUCCUCUCCUCCCUCCUCCCCCUCCUCCACUCUACCUGAGCUGGUGCUGGUGUCCACUCCUCUGAGCUGGUCUGAGGCUCGCUCCUACUGUCGGCAGAACCAUACUGACCUUGCCUCCUUCACUGGGCCUGAUGACCAGCUCCGGAUACCCGUAACACCGGAUCAGGACAUCACUGUGGCCUGGAUCGGACUACGCAGUUAUUGGAUCUGGUCUGACGGCUCUAAACUGUGGCAGAACAAGUUCAGGAAUUGGUCCUGGGCGGAUACCCCUGGUUCCGGGGACUGUGUGCACACGCGUAAUGAUUGGAAGUGGCACAAUCAUGACUGUAAGGAGGAGCUUCCAUUCAUUUGCUACGGUAAGAGCACUCCAUUGUUGUAA